AUGCAGGUGACCACAUCUCCCCAGCACGAACUGGAGGAAGGUGGAGAAGUAGGUGGAGCCAAGGAGGAAGCUGGAGGUAAGGAUGGGGCCGAGGAGGAAGGUGGAGAUAAGGGCGGGGCCAAGGAGGAAGGUGGAGAAGGGGGUGGGGCCAAGGAGGAAGUUGGAGAUAAGGGCGGGGCCGAGGAGGAAGGUGGAGAAGUGGGUGGGGCCAAGGAGGAAGCUGGAGAUAAGGGCGGGGCCAAGGAGGAAGGUGGAGAAGGGGGUGGGGCCAAGGAGGAAGCUGGAGAUAAGGGCGGGGCCAAGGAGGAAGGUGAAGUGGGCGGAGCCAAGGAGGAAGCUGGAGAUAAGGGCGGGGCCAAGGAAGAAGGUGGAGAAGGGGGUGGGGCCAAGGAGGAAGCUGGAGAUAAGGGCGGGGCCAAGGAGGAAGGUGAAGUGGGUGGGGCCAAGGAGGAAGCUGGAGAUGAGGGCGGGGCCGAGGAGGGAGGUGGAGAAGUGGGUGGGGCCAAGGAGGAAGCUGGAGAUGAGGGCGGGGAAAAGGAGGAAGGUGGAGAAGUGAGUGGAGCCAAGGAGGAAGCUGGGGAAAUGAGUGGGGCCAAACCACUAGUUGCUCCUAAGCUGUGGUGA